UGGUCAGUCACGGCCAGACGCCAGUCGGUUGUUGGCGAUCAGCGUGCGAGGUCGAGUUGCGCGACGUGGUGGUUUUUGUGCGCGAAAACACACACGAUCGGCAGGCAAGCAACGGGCAGCGAGUCCCUCACCAGGCGAUUCCAUGAUCACGCCCGCGAGAAACGCCGAUCUGCCGGAGCGCUCAACCUUUCUCGACGGCAAGGCAUAUCGGGCAUUUAAGAAAAUGCCGCUCCUAUCCCAGCUGUCGCGACGGUUUCACGAUAUGUUAACGACGGACGCGAAACCGGAUCCACCGCGGACCGGGAGUUACAUGCACAAUCUUACAACGACCCUGGACGAGGAGUCGACGAAAACGCAGUCGAAGUCGAUGCCCGCUACCCCGGAAAAGGAGCAGGACGAGGUAACGUCGUCGAUGCACGGGCAAAAGUCGGUCCCGGACGACGCGAGACCGACAACACCCACCGAUUUUUGUACAAAACCGGAAGACCUUGGCGACACGAGGUCGACGAGCGAGUCGAAGGAGUAUAAGCGACCAAGGACGAGAACGAAGCCGAAAUACAAAUAUUCGCAAGGUACGAAUAUUGUAAACUACAACAUAGUCAAUUCUAAUGGGGUGAAGAUCGGCUCGCGCACGAGUUACAUAUGCAAUGUAAAUCAGUACUCGGCGAACAAUAACGCGGCGCAGCCCGAGGCGGCUUCGAAGCCAAAGUAUCGGCCGAUGCCAGACAACGUGGAGGAGUUGAGCACGUGCGAGGAAGAGCUCGGGUUCGACGACAUGCUCACUAUUAAGACACACAUCGGGCACGGGUGGCGGGAUAUCGCGAGGAGACUCUCGUAUUCGGACGGGCAGAUCGAUCAAUUCGAGGAGAAUUACAGGCACAAGGGUAUCGACGAGGUGAUCUAUCAGCUACUGCUCGAUUGGAAGCAAGCCAAUACACGGGAUGCUCAACUCGGCACGUUAGUCAGCAUACUGUGGUCUUGCCAAGAGUACGACUGCGUCGAGCGAUUAGCUGCAGCUCGCAAGAAUCCGUCUUAGUUGGGCGCGGCACGUGGAAAUCUCUACCUGACAUUGUACAUACGUUUACACAAGCGAUUGUGAUUUUUUCUACUCGAGAUAACUUAGUUUUUAUACAUAUUGUAUUUUAGCGCGUAGUUUAUAGACACGCGGUAUGCGCACCAUUCCGAUUGCGAAGGUCGUCUACACUCGUCUAACAUGUCGGAAAGAAUCGACUGAAAGAAUAUUGUUGGCAGAGCUAAUCUGCAUUCAGCGUAUGAUCCAACAUUGUACGAAAUGGCAACGAGCUUGCGUUUUGAGCAGAUACAUGAUCUGGUUAAUAAUACAAGAAAACGAAGGACGAAUCCAACGUCGCUUUGCUCGAUACAUACGUCUACACGUAAUAUUUCAAUGCGUGUGUAUACACAUGCAUUUUUUUGUACUUAUCUCUAACCCAUUUUGUAAAAUCUAGCAGGAAUAAACAUGCAAUUCUCC